AUGGUACUCUUUGGCUUGAAGGCAGAUGAUUAUAACAGAUUAUCACUUUUUGAUAGAGGUUUCAAAGAUACUCCGGAAGAGAUCCGAAAUAUGGUUGUAGAUGUAUUAUUGAGAUUACAUCCCAACACAUCACUAGAGCAAAUGAAUCCACACGUUGCGAAAGCCAUGGCAAAGGAUCAGUUGAAUGUAAAACGCAAUCCUAAAAAGCAUAGCUACGACACAGCAGGUUUACAUGAAGAUGGAAUUGUAUCAACUGCUGUAGAUUGGGUCAUGAUCAAACUAAUUUCAUCUAGCUCUGAGAAUAAUAGUGAAGGGAAGGUAGAAGUGUUGCUAAGUUCUUUGGUCGCCCUCACCACUACUAAUUAA